UCCACUAACAUAACUUCCAAGUUCCAACCCCAAAAUCUUCUCCCUCCCUUCCUGGGUUUAUCAACGCACUCUAAAAUUUUCUCCCUCCCUUUUUGGGUUUAUGGUUAGAAUCCUUAAUCGCUGAAAAUUCAGGAUUUUCUGCAUUGGUUGUGAUUGGUAUUUAAAGGGUCUAUGCUGUAGAUCAUGUCCCAUCAGCAUGAAGCUUAUCACACGGACGAGGAGUACAAAAUGAAAGAUGACGACGAUAUAGAUGAGCUCAGUGACAAUGAUGCUAGUAACUCAGAUUCUGAUAUAGAAGAAUUCAUGACCAGAAUGGAAGAUACUACAGCAGCUCAAGCUAGAAAGGGCAAAGAUAUACAAGGGAUUCCCUGGGAAGACCAUGACGUAACACGAGAGGAGUAUAGACAGACUAGACUGAAAGAGUUUAAUAAUUAUGAUGACGCUCCUUUAUCUGGAGAGGGAUCAGAAAAGGAAUACACAAUUACUGAGAAAGGGGGAUCAUACUAUGAAUUCAGGUGGAACUCAAGAUAUGUGAAACCAACAUUCGCCCAUUCCCAGCUUAGAAAUUUGGUGUGGGCGACGUCAAAGCAUGAUGUUUACCUAACUACAGAUUUCUCAGUAUUUCAUUGGUCAUCAUUGAGCCGUACCAAGUCUGAAGUUCUUAAUGUUGCCCAGCAUGUAGCUCCCUGUGAGAAACACCCUGGAAACUUGAUGGAAGGAUUUAGGCACACCGAAAUCAGCACACUAGCAGUGAAAGAUAAGUUGCUUGUUGCAGGAGGUCUUCAGGCAGAACUCAUCUGCAAGUAUGUAGACAGGCCUGGUGUUUCUUAUUGCACUCGGAUAAGCUAUGGCGACGAUGCCAUUACUAAUGCCGUCGAGAUAUUUACAUCCAGCAGUGGUGCAGAGCAUUUCAUAACCUCAAAUAAUGACUGCGGUGUUAGAGACUUCGACAUUGAAACAUUUCAACGGUGCAGCCAUUUUGACUUUCCGUGGCCAAUUAAUCAUACUUCCAUGCGUCCUGACAGUAAGGUUCUCUUAAUAGUUGGCGACGAUCCUAAAAGUAUAUUGUUCGACACCAAGAGUGGAAAGGAGACAGCAUCUCUAGAAGGCCAUUCGGAUUACUCAUUUGCAUCAGCUUGGCACCCGGAUGGUCUAACUUUUGCCACGGGGAACCAAGAUAGAACAUGCCGUGUUUGGGAUUUUCGAAAUCUUUCCAAAUCAGUCACCGUAUUGAAGGGAAACAUCGGCGCCAUUCGAUCUAUUCGUUACACAGGUGAUGGCAAAUUCAUUGCCAUGGCCGAGCCUUCUGAUUUUGUCCAUGUAUUUGAUGUCGAAAGUGGUUACCGAAAGGAGCAGGAAAUCGAUUUAUUUGGCCAAAUAUCGGGUGUGUCGUUUAGUCCCGAUUCGGAGGCCCUUUAUAUCGGCGUCUCCAACUGGACUUACAGCAGCAUCCUUGAGUUUAGCCGGCGCCGGGAGCUCUCCUACUUGGAUGCCAUUUUGUAAGUCAUUUGUCCUGCAUUGAAAUUACUUGAUAUAAAUUAGUAGGUUAAAAUUGGAAGAAUAAAUAUUAAUUUUAAUUUUUUGUUCAA